AUGGAAGGAUGGGCAAUGCAGAGGGAGAAAGAGCGAGAACGACGACGUAUAAGGGACAGAGAAAGAAGAUCGUCAAUGAGCAUUGAACAGAGAGAGAGGCAUCUCGCAAGACGUCGUCGAAACUACCAAAUACGAAGAUUGAAAUAUCGAAAUGGGAAAACCACAAAUCCAAGCUUUUCUGGAACAAAUUCAUUUAAGGCGGUCUCAGAAACUUCCAUUGCAGAGCUUGAUCUGCAACAAAAUGGGCUUAUGCUCGUCGGUUUCAAUCACGAACAAGAAUCCUUAAAUCCAGAUUCCAUAACGUCUUCCAGUUCUGAAAUAUUGGACCCAAGAGCUGAAAUUCUCCAAGGGAGGGUACGUUUGAGUCAUAUUCGACGACUUGCACGUUCAAUUGGGAUUCACCAAAUGUUUUCACAAGUAGAAUCAACUUCCAAUUGUAAGUCUGAGGAUUCUAGCUUGGAAUACGAUCUUAAUAGAUCAUCAAGAUCGUUAAGGCGUGUCAAGCGUCUAGCGAGAAUGAUGAAUUCAUCUCUGAAACCAUCUGCUGAUGAAUCUUCACAACAUAAAACCACCAUUGCAGGUUGUGCAAAUUACUGA